AUGGGCCAUGAAUUCACAGGAACUGUUGUUGAGCUGGGCUCUGCUGUGAAAUCUGUGGAGAUCGGCGACAAGAUUGUCUCGCCUUUCACUGCUUCAUGUGGCCAGUGCUAUUACUGCGAAAACGGUGGGUCAGCCAGAUGCGUCAACAGCCAACCCCUCGGCUCCCCAAACCUUGACGGUGCUCAGGCCGAAUAUGUCCGGGUUCCCUUCGCCGAUGGGACUGUCGCGAAAGCUUCUGCAGACAUACACGACCAAGCGUUGAUUCUCAUGGCUGAUAUUUUCCCAACUGGCUACUUUGGCGUCAAGAGUGGCGUUGAGAUGAUGCCGAACCUUGAUGUACAUGACUCGACGAUUGUUGUGAUAGGGUGCGGCCCUGUCGGGUUGUGUGCUGUUGUUGCUGCUGCUGCUGCUUUGAAACCCAAGCAUUUGUUUGCUGUGGACAGUGUCUCAUCAAGACUUGAUCAAGCAGCAAAGCUGGGAGCCGAGCCUCUGAACUUUAUGAGUGAUAAGACUGGGAUGCACGAUCGCGUCAAGGCGGCCACCAAUGGUCGAGGUGCCGAUAUUGUGGUAGAAGUCGUUGGUCUUUCACCAGCACUCCGCACUGCGUUCGAUUUGGUCCGCCCCUUCGGUGCUAUCAGCAGUAUUGGUGUUCACAAUGCUGAGAUUCCUUGGUCUGGAAAUGAUGCCUAUAAUAAAAACAUUCGACUCCAGAUGGGGCGAUGCCCAGUGAGAAGCAUCUUCCAAGAAGCGAUGAACGUUCUGAAGAAAGAACAAGAUUCUCUUGAUUUCCUGUUUGACAAUAUUAUGCCCCUGUCUGAUGCAGUUCGAGGUUACGAUCUUUUCAACCAAUCAAAGGUUCAAAAGGUUAUCUUCAAGGUUUAA